GCCGCCGCAGCAAUGGUGUCCUGGAAGGACGGCGAAACUAGUAGCGAAGAUUCUGUGUCCCCCCUCUUCAACUCGCACGAGGAGGAGACCUAUAUCCCACAGACCAUUGUUGACCCGGAGUGGUGCGGUAUUGUUGCCGGAGGACCGAUGUGCUGUCACAACCUUCAUGUUCAUAGGGCUGUUGUGUUUCAAGGAAUCAACACUGGCCGUAGGUUUUAUGGAUGCGCUAAUCAGGAAGGAGACAAUUGUGGUCUGGUUCAAUGGAUUGACCCAGAAUGGCCAGAACCCAUGAAAAAUGCACUACGCAAACUUUGGGACAUGUAUGAGCAGAGUAGAAAAGAGAAUGAUGCUAAAGAAAAGCUCAUAGUCAAGCUUGGAGAAGAGAAGAAGCUAAUCCAAGAGAAGCACCACAACCACAUCAAAGAAACAAGCAAUUUUUUUUCAACAAUUCACAAGAAUGUGAUGAGGGAGAACUAUCAGAAGAUUAUGCAGGAUGGUGAUGUAGAGAAUGUUGUACUUCAAGCCCAGGAAGAGAAGGCUAAGCUUGAGAAAGACAAUAUUGAGCUGAGGACAUCACUACAAGUCAUUAAGCAGAGAAAUGAUGAACUUGUUAGCAAUUGGAAGAAACAUGUAGCAGAUGAAGGUCUUCAACAGAUUGAACAGAUGAAGAAGGAGAAGAAAAAGUUAGAGUAUAUCAUAGCUGAUUUGCUGAAGGAUGGGGAGGCAAACAAGGUUAAGUUGAGGAAAAUCAAAGAACUCUAUGAUGAGUGA